GCGUGAAAAUCCUUCAAUGCUUUAAUGGCCGCCUUUGCUGGCAUGUAAAUUGUUUGAAUUAUUCUCUGUAAAUUGCGUGGACAUCUAGACUGUAUUAUAAAGUCGCGUAUCUUCGGAAAGUUGUAGGACUUGAUGUGGGCCCGUCGGAUGUGAGAAAAAAAUGCAGAAUGUAGUUCAUGGAAAUGCGUGCGAUGCCGUGAGAGAGGAACCACAGGAGGUUAGUAAAGGACGUACAGGAACUAGCGAUAAUUUCGAGACGGGCCAGAGGCAGAGCUUGAAUUCCCUGCAUUCCAAUUUUAUGGCAGAUUUAACCGAGAGUGACGACGACGAGGCAUCCGAGGCCGAGUCAUUCAUCUUGGACCCAGAAGAGCUGGAGGAAGAGCGCGUGCUGGACACGUCCAAGUUCCUGCUAAGCUCAUCGGAAGGUGGUGGAGGCGAGAGCCCUGACCUGCAGGUGGGCAGCGUCGAUCCCGACACCCAGGCGCGCCUUGAGGCACUGCUUGAAGCCACAGGGCUGAGCAAGCUGUCCCUUGAGGGCAAACAGUUUGCAGACCCGGAGGUUCUUCGGCGGCUGACGACCUCAGUGAGCUGUGCCCUGGAUGAGGCGGCGGCUGCGCUCACGCGCAUGCGGGCCGAGCACGGCGGGGGCGCCCCCCAUCAGCAGCAACAACCACAGCAACAGCAGCAACUUCAGCAGCAGCCACAGCAGCAGCAGCAACUGCAGCCACAGCAGCAAUCGCAGCAGCCUCAGCAGCACUCGCAGCAGCAACAGCAAGGAUCAACUGGAGGAGCACCUGCAGCAGCAGCCAACAGCAGCCGGACCCUGGCGGAAGCGUGUAGUGAGGGCGACGUACGUGCCGUGCGUCAGCUGCUUGACGAGGGCCGCAACGUCAACGAGGUCACCGAAGAGGGGGAGAGCCUGCUCUCUCUCGCCUGCGCCUCGGGAUACUGCGAGCUGGCACAGUUGCUGCUGGCGAUGCGUGCCAACGUGGAGGACCGAGGCCUCAAGGAUAUGACCCCGCUGAUGGAGGCGGCCACUGCGGGCCACACUGACAUUGUGAAACUGCUCAUAGAGCAUGGAGCUGAUGUCAAUGCGCAGACGGCGCAGGGGCACACGCCACUGAUGUUUGCCUGCCUGGGGGGCCACGAGGCUGCUGCUCGAGCCCUGGUGGAGGCGGGUGCAAACCUUGAGGAACACAAUGAGAACGGCCACACCCCCCUCAUGGAGGCGGCCUCUGCCGGGCACGUGUCGACUGCCCGUGUCCUUGUGGCUGCUGGCGCCUCCAUUAACACCCACUCCAAUGAGUUCAAGGAGUCUGCACUCACGCUCGCCUGCUACAAGGGGCACCUUGAAAUGGUGCGGUUCCUGCUUGAAGCGGGUGCCGAUCAGGAGCACAAGACUGAUGAGAUGCACACUGCCCUCAUGGAGGCCUCCAUGGAUGGCCAUGUCGAGGUGGCCCGGUUGCUGUUGGACUCGGGGGCUCAGGUGAACAUGCCGACGGACAGCUUUGAGUCACCAUUGACAUUGGCAGCCUGUGGGGGCCAUGUUGAGCUGGCUAUGCUACUCUUGGAGCGGGGUGCCAACAUUGAGGAAGUGAAUGAUGAGGGCUACACACCACUCAUGGAGGCUGCCCGUGAGGGCCACGAAGAGAUGGUGGCCCUGCUCCUCUCUCAGGGUGCUGACAUCAAUGCCCAGACGGAAGAGACACAGGAGACGGCCCUGACACUGGCCUGCUGUGGGGGCUUUCUGGAGGUCGCUGACUUCCUGCUCAAGGCGGGUGCCCAGCUGGAGCUGGGUGCCAGCACACCGCUCAUGGAAGCUGCCCAGGAAGGGCACCUAGAGCUUCUUCGGUACCUCAUCAAUGCUGGGGCAUGCGUCAAUGCGAAGACUGCCACGGGGGACACGGCUUUGACGUAUGCUUGCGAAAAUGGCCACACGGAUGUCGCUGACCUGCUGCUCCAAGCUAAUGCUGACUUGCAAUGCUGCCAUCAUCUGCAGGAGCACGAGUCCGAGGGCGGCCGGACACCGCUGAUGAAGGCGUGCCGGGCUGGCCACCUGUGCACGGUGCAGUUCUUGCUCAACCGUGGUGCAGACCCCAACCGGCCAACCAGCAGCAAUGACCACACACCCCUGUCUUUGGCCUGUGCGGGUGGCCACCUGUCGGUGGUGGAGUUGCUGCUGGCUCAUGGGGCGGACCCCAGCCACCGGCUCAAGGACAACUCCACCAUGCUGAUCGAGGCAUCCAAGGGGGGCCACACGGCAGUUGUGCAGCUCCUGCUGGAUUACCCUAACCUGGGCACGGCUGCGGCUGCAGCUGCUGCAGCAGCAGCAGCGGCGGCCGCAGCCGUGACCUCGACGGCUUCAGGAACCACAGCAGCUGCCCCUUCUCCUGCAGUUGAGGUUGUCCCCAUGACUGAAGAGCAGAGGGUGGCAGCACUAGCGGCAGCAGUUGCUGCCGGGCACCCCUACCUUCCACAGGUUGCUGGAGCGGCAACGCCCCGGGUGGCGUCGGCGUCGUCCUCUUCGGUGACUGCCAUUCCCUCGGCUGAUGCAUCGUGGCCCAGCAGCAGUGCCCCUUCGACGAGUGGCAAGCGCAAGGCCAGUGGGGACUCCCCUUCCUCCUCUUCCUCGUCAAGCCAUCCACCCUUGAUGUCCUGUGGCGGGGGCACUGUGCUGUCGCGGGGUGGGGCAGACCAGUUGACAAAGCCAAGCCAAGGGCAGCCCGGCCUUCGGCCCAGCGAACGGCUGGAGGCCUGCAUCAGCAGCAUGAUGCGAUCGGCUGAGCUCAACCACCCCAGCCGGGAGGAGCAGAUUAUGCAGAAGCAGCAGAUCCUUGAGGAGUUGCAGAGGGUGGAGCGUGAGCUGCAGGGUUCCGAGGACAUGAUGCCCAACGAAGAUGGCGCCCCUGCAUGUGCUUGCCAGGCGCACACCGCAUUCAGCUGGCAGCAGGCAGAGGAAAAGGCUCAUGCCCAGAUCGUGCUGUCUGCCCAACAUCACCAGCACCUGGCUGCAGCCGCAUCGACCGAGGACGUGGUGGAAGAGCUGAACCUGCGCAAUGCUGCCCUCUCCUCCUCAUCAGCGGCUGUGCCCCCCUCCUCCGGUGCAGAGAUCACUGCCCUGCCCUCCUCCUCGUCCGCGACAGCACCUACACUACUACCCGCUGCUGCCAAGAGGCAUCUUGACAAGGCGAAGGCAAGUGGUGGCAAGCAGCAGUUACCUCUGGCUGCCGCUGCGGGGGCUAUCCCGUGUGCCAAGGACGCCUGCAGUGGCAUAGUGUGUGCGGCAGCAGCAGGAGCGGCGGCAGCCGUGGCGAGCAGCUGCAGCGGAGCCUCCCUUCUUGGCUCAUUUGGGGCUGCACCCCCGCAGGCUGAAGGACUCAUGGUGGCCGCUCCUGCACGCACGCUCCAUGAGGCCUUGGGCGAGAUUGUCACUGGGCCCACGGUAGUGAGUACUCCAUGUGGCGGCGGAAGUGGUGCCCAGGUGUCAAUAACAGCGCAGCAGGCGGUGACUGUGUGCCCUGACCACCAUCAUCACCACCACCAUCACCACCACCAUGGGGGUGGAGCUCACCCAGCAGCAUCCACCUUGGGCCAACAACCACCUACCCUGGCCUUCCACCCGGCUGCCUUCCCCAUUCAUGCCCAGGUGGACCUCAACUGGCAGACGGAGAGCAACCAUGACACGGCUCUGACGCUGGCGUGUGCGGGUGGCCACGAGGACCUGGUGAGCCUGCUGUUGAACCGGGGAGCCCACUUGGAGCACCGCGACAAGAAAGGCUUCACACCACUCAUGCUGGCUGCAACAGCAGGCCAUGCGGGCGUUGUCGACAUCCUUCUCUCGCAUGGUGCUGACCUGGAGGCUCAGUCAGAGCGCACAAAGGACACCGCCCUCUCACUUGCCUGCUCGGGGGGACGCUACGAGGUGGUGGAGAUUCUGUUGGCCCGUGGCGCCAACAAGGAACAUCGCAAUGUGUCCGACUACACACCACUGAGCCUGGCCGCAUCUGGAGGCUAUGUGAACAUCAUAAAGCUCCUCCUGCAGCACGGCGCUGAGAUCAACUCUCGCACGGGCAGCAAACUGGGCAUCUCGCCUCUCAUGCUGGCUGCCAUGAAUGGUCACGUGGCUGCCGUGCGUCUCCUACUAGACAAUGGCAGUGACAUCAACGCACAGAUCGAAACCAACAAGAACACAGCCCUAACCCUGGCAUGUUUCCAAGGUCGCCAGGAGGUGGUGGCGCUGCUGGUGGACCGUAAGGCCAAUGUGGAGCACCGUGCCAAGACUGGGCUUACACCCUUGAUGGAGGCUGCAUCAGGCGGCUAUGUGGAAGUUGGUCGGGUGUUGCUGGACAAAGGAGCAGAUGUGAAUGCACCCCCAGUGCCAUCAUCACGUGACACGGCUCUCACUAUUGCCGCUGACAAAGGCCAUUAUGCCUUCGUUGAGCUCCUCAUCAAGCGCGGAGCAGCCAUUGAUGUCAAGAACAAAAAAGGCAGCUCGCCCCUGUGGCUCGCAUGCAAUGGUGGCUACUUGGAUGUGGUGCAACUACUGGUGGCGGCGCAGGCCGACAUAGACAGCAUGGACAACCGGCGGGUGUCGUGCCUGAUGGCGGCAUUUCGGCGAGGUCACGUGAAGGCGGCCAAGUGGCUGGUGAAGCAGGUCGCCCAGUUCCCCUCGGAUCAGGAAAUGGCCCGCUUCAUGGCCACUUUGGGGCCGGAUUCACGGGAUCUCCUUCGCAAAUGUCAUCAGUGCACUGAGGUGAUCCAUGCUGCCAAGGAACGCCAGGCAGCCGAGGCCAACAAGUGUGCCUCUUCUCUGCUUGAGGAGCUCGACCUCGAGCGCUCACGGGAGGAAAGCCGCCGGGCUGCGGCCGCCCGCCGGCGGGAGCGAAAACGCCGCAAGAAGAAGGAAAAACAGGAACAGAUGCGGCUGGCCAAGCUUGAAGCGGAGGGCGGGGACAAGGCAGCUGUGGCAAGUGCUAACAACGGCAGUGGCAAGGACUCGGACAAGGACUCCAAGAGCGAAGGAGACAAGCCCCCAACAAGCUCCCAGUCGGAGGAGGAGGACGACGAUGAUGAGGAAGAGGAUGAAGAGGACAACCGGACUUCUGCCCCCAGUAGCGGAAACAGGACAGCAGAGCUGGACGAGCGGCUACCUAAUCCUGGAGGGGGUGGAGUGAACCCUUUGGCGUCUGCCACCUCCGGCUCCUCUGAUCGUGGUGGCGGGCCACCCAAUGCACCUGGUCGACCCAAGUCUAAUGGAGCAGCAGUGUCUUCCUCUUCCAUGCCUAGCAAGGUUCGUUUAAAAGACAUCUCCGACGAUGCACCACCCAGUGGCAGCCACGAGUCAUCGAAUAGCCCUUCCUCCUCUCCUCCCAAGACCACUGCCCCUUCAUCCGUAGCCGUGGAGGGCAGCAGCAAGAAUUCACGGAAGAAGAAACAGGCAGCAGCCUCCUCCACCAUGGAACGCCCUUCCGAGUCGACGCCACCCCGGUUGAACCACGCCGCAUCUCCGUCACCUGCGGCACCCAGCAAAAGCGGCGGCGGCAGCAAGCAGGGAAAAAUUGCUCAGACAACCCAAGCUCUACUGCAGCAGCCAGCAUCUUCAGUGACUCGAUCAUCUCUGGGGUUGGGGCCACCCUCAGUAGUUCAAGUGCAUCGCCAGGCAGCUAUGGCAGGCAAGCAGCGAAGUGGCGAGGUCAUGGUGAACGGGCUUGCUGAUGGUGAGGACUUCUCGACCGUGGUGAAGGGGACCAAGCACCGGGGACAGGGACAGGCUCACCAUGCAGUCACUGAUGGCUCCUCCAAGACCAGCACGCUAGGUGAGCUCGCCCUGGAUGUGAUGGACUCGUGUGGCGGGCCCCGCAGUCCUGGCGGCGCGGGCCGACCCUCCCCCGGCGUGGCCUCCUCGCCCAAGAAAAGUGCCUCAGCCGGCAGCACCAGCCUGAACACAUUGUCUUCCGCCAUCACACCUGUGUCUUCGGGUGCCAGUGUGACAUCCAAGAGUCACCAUCGGGGUGAGGAAGGUUGGAAGGAAGUGGUACGGCGUUCCAAGAAGGUGACGGUGCCCUCAACGGCUAUAAGCAGGGUGAUUGGGCGCUGUGGCUGCAACAUUAAUGCCAUCCGUGAGGCCUCAGGAGCCCACAUCGAAGUGGAGAAGCACAAGGGCCAGGGAGAGCGCACCAUCUUGAUCCGACGAGCCAGUGACAGAAGCUCAAGGUCCAGUGAGAUUGCCUCGUUAGUCUCCAACGCAGAACGGUUGCACAGAAACGAGACACGACCUUUGAACGAAAAGCAUGUUACGGGAGGCUCAGCGGAGGCAACCAAGCAGGCGCAGCUUCUGAUCCAGGGCCUGGUCCAGGAGCCUGACCGUGACCUCUCGGACAUAAUGGCCCAGCAUGGUGUUGCGGCUCCAACCUCUGCGAAGGCAUCGACAUCUUCCGCAGACCAUCGAACCUCCUCCGCCUCUUCUUCAAACCACACGGGGUCUUCUUCAGUGCUAGUCUCUGGCAGUGGUGGUAGCAGUAGUAGCAAGGUCAGUCGACAGGGCAGCUCAGCCAAGGUGGUGGGUGUGAAGGCUGCAUCAACACCUGCACCCUCUCUGCCACCGUUUGGUCAAACACGCCCUGCCCCUCGGCCUGGGAUACCUACACUCUCGGGUGGAGGCAGCAGCAGUAGCAGUGGAGGCUCUGCACCGGUGACAUCGUCUGCAGCACCACCAUUUGCCUCGGGCUCUGCUGGCUGGGGCACUCUAGCAUCAUGCUCUGCCUCUGCAAAGCCUGUUGCGACCGCUGUAACAACUGUGACAACUGCAUCUGCAGUAAUCACUGCAAUCCAAUCUAUGUCAUCCACUUCAGCUACCGUGAAUGGGACAGCUGCUACGUCAGCAUCGUACACCCAAGCUGUUAUUUCACCAGCCAAGAGCUCAAGCCGUGCAGCUUCUGCCGAUCCACGACCUAGUUCAUCACCAAGCUCAGGUGGUGGCAGCCCUUCACCGACACUAGGCAGUACUGGCCAUGUGGCAGCGUCGUCAACGGCUGCUGCGGCAAGCAGUACCUCUGCAGCCACUUCAGUGCCAGCUAGUACCUCCUCGACCAACACUGCGCCAGCUAUCAGCAUUCCGCAGACCUUCUCGCCCUUCAACAACGUGUUCAGCAAGGAGACACAGCCGAGUGUCUGGGGCCAGCGGGAAUCCUCCAAGCCUAACUUUGCCUCCGUGGCCGCUUCUGGUGUGUGUGGCGUCCCUAGCUCCAGUGGCGGCAGUGUGGGAAGUGCACCAGCACCGCCUGAACCUCUUGUGGACGCAGCCAAGGCUCCGGGCUAUCGAGGCAACCUGCACGUGUCACCACCAAACUUUGGCCCUAUUGGCAGUGGACCACGGAGUGCCCCCUGCACACCCCCCAUUGGUGCAGGGGCACCACCUUCACCACCUUCCCAGCCGCAAGCACAGUCCCAACCACCAACGCAGGCACAAGAAUUUUAUGAAAGUGCUUCGACGCCAACGACAGGGGUGCCACAGGCAGUGCAACCCGCCCCACAACCACCAUCGUCACGCAUGGUGUUUGGUCCACCCCACUAUGGGUCAUCAGCACCCGAGCUGGCACCACCACCCCAGCAGCAACAGCAGCAGCAGCCACAGCAGCAGCAGCAGUCACAGCAGCAGCAGCAGCAACAGCAGCAGCAGCAACAGCAGCAGCAGCAACAACAGCAGCAGCAGCAGCAGCAGCAACAGCAGCAGCAGCCUCAGCAGCAGCAACCAACCAUCCAGAGCACCCUGAACCCCAAUGCACCGGACUUUUCUAGUAGAUCAGCGCCACCAGUGAUGCUUGCAGCACCAUUCCCGCAAGUGGGUGCAGGUCACCAUCACCACCACCACCACCACCACCACCAACAACAACAACAACAGCAGCAGCAGCAGCAGCAGCAGCAACAACAACACCACCCAGCGGCCACAGCAGGUCAUCAUGGAAUGCGAGUGCCUUUUGCACCCCCGCAGGAAUAUCUGCACCAAGUGCAAAGUGGCAGCCACCUUGGACACCACCAUCAGGGAGCAGCAGGAGCGCUGGGAGCGCACCCUGGGGUAUAUCCACUGCAAUUGAUGUCACACCUCCAACAGCAGUACUCUGGUCUAGUGGCCCCUGUGGGACAGAUGCCCAAGGGUGCCGACCGCGCACCGCUUGGGGUGCGGCUUGCGGACGAGGGUUCCCCGUCGGCGGUGUCCCCUCAGGGGGGCCUGUCUCCCGGUGGGGGCCUGGACGACCGCAAGCUGCCUCGCCCCAUCGGGACGGAGCGGGCCCAGAAAAAGGGGGCACAUGCUUCCUACCCGGGCAUCUGGUCCUACUCCAACAGUGCCGCAGGUGUGGGCGGCGGUGCAGGCGGAAGUAGCCUGACUCCAGACCUCAGCGCCAUGCAGGCCUGGGUUCAGUACCAGCAUGCCACGGGGCCCCAGGGAGAUGGCCUGGCUCCAUUGUUGCAGCACAACCGCUUUGCUGCUGCCGCUGCUGCAGACACGGUGUCAGAACAGCAGGCACUUGAACAGCACUCUUACCACCACCAGCCUCAGCAGGCAACAAUGAAUGCUGGAAGCCUGGGUGGCUGCCCGCCUUUCCUCAACGGUUUCCCUGGCGGAGCAACUGGAGCAAUGCUAGGAGGCGCUGCGCAGCUUUUCUCCUCUGCUAGAGUGGCCGCCGAGGCGCCGCACCAGCCUCAGGAGUCAACGCCCUGGUCCCCGCAUAAGCUAAUGGGUGGUGCGCCAGGCGACUCCCUGCACCACCAUGCCGGCCACCACCCCCACCACCCACAGCAGCAGCAACCUCACCAUGCCCAUGUGGCAACUGCCAAGCUGCCUUGGCAGAGCUGGACGCACCACCAGACGUGAUUUGGUCCCGCGGUCCCUUCCACAAGUAGCCGUUGCCAUCCCGACUGCAGUGCGGGUGGCCCAGCAAGCCCCCCAAACCAGGGGGAGGGGAGCAGAAGGAACCCGUUUAUAUAUAUUAUAAAUAUAUAUAUACACACACAGACAGACACACAAGCGUGCCAGACACACACACACUGAACGCACACACAGGAGACAACACUAGCGAGAGAUUAGAAAGGCCACCGGACAAGCCACCGGUGUUGGAGGAGCAAACCUUGGGAGGGCAUGCUGCAGCGCUGUUAUAAAUAAUAAAAAAAAAUAAAAGCAGGUUCAAAAAAA